GCUCAGUGCCUCCCGACCAUACAACUCCCAGCAGCUGGUUCUGGGGAGGUGGUAGGGGGCGAGGGUGGAUGUGCCCAGUUAGCUUUCCGUGGGUGGCCAACCUGGGGCUCCCGUUGCCCUGUGCGCCCCGGAGUGGAGCUCCCCAUAUUGGUCGUAGGGUCUGAGGAUCCGCACUGGGGGCGCCGCUGGCACAGAGCUCCAGCUUGCCCUCUCCGGCGGGGCCCCUUGGGCGCUCGGGAGAAGGGGUCUGUAUGCGUUGCAUACUGCAGUCUACCCCCCAGUCCCUUCCCCCACGCCUGUGGGCUGACUCAGUCUCUCGGUCUUUUCUGUGCUCUGGUAGAGCCCUGCUGCAGAGCCUCCGGCUGGGAUAGCCGCCCCCUGUGGGGGCGAUGCGGACAGCGUGGGACAGUCAGGGGAGCGCGCGGGGGCCGCAGCAUGCGGGAGUCCGCUAAACCUGGUGGCUGCUGAGGCGGCCGAGAUGCUCGUGCGCAAAGCGCGCCUCACCGCAUCCUCGACCUUCGGCUACAGGGACCUUCAGUGGCGACUAUGGGCAGACUGGGCUAUUGGACCCUGCUGGUGUUGCCGGCCCUUCUGGUCUGGGGCGGCCCCGCGCAAGGUGCAGCGGCAGAGAAGGGGCCCCCAGCGCUGAACAUCGCGGUGUUGCUGGGUCACAGCCACGACGUGACGGAGCGUGAGCUGCGGACCCUGUGGGGCCCCGAGCAGGCGGCGGGGCUGCCCCUGGACGUGAAUGUGGUGGCGCUGUUGAUGAACCGCACGGACCCCAAGAGCCUCAUCACACACGUGUGCGACCUCAUGUCAGGGGCUCGCAUCCACGGCCUGGUGUUCGGGGACGACACCGACCAGGAGGCCGUGGCCCAGAUGCUGGAUUUUAUCUCCUCCCAGACUUUCGUUCCCAUCCUGGGCAUCCACGGGGGCGCCUCCAUGAUCAUGGCUGACAAGGAUCCAACAUCGACCUUCUUCCAGUUCGGAGCAUCCAUCCAGCAGCAAGCCACAGUCAUGCUGAAGAUUAUGCAGGAUUAUGACUGGCAUGUCUUCUCUUUGGUGACCACCAUCUUCCCUGGCUACAGGGAGUUCAUUAGCUUCGUCAAGACCACAGUGGACAACAGCUUUGUGGGCUGGGACAUGCAGAACGUCAUCACGCUGGACACUUCCUUUGAGGAUGCGAAGACGCAGGUCCAACUGAAGAAGAUCCACUCUUCCGUCAUCUUGCUGUACUGUUCCAAAGAUGAGGCGGUUCUCAUCCUGAGUGAGGCCCGCUCCCUGGGUCUCACCGGGUAUGACUUCUUCUGGAUUGUCCCCAGUUUGGUCUCUGGAAACACAGAACUCAUUCCCAAAGAGUUUCCAUCAGGACUCAUCUCUGUCUCCUAUGAUGACUGGGACUACAGCCUGCAGGCCAGAGUGCGGGACGGCCUCGGCAUCCUCACCACGGCUGCAUCGUCCAUGUUGGAGAGGUACUCCUACAUCCCCGAGGCCAAGGCCAGCUGCUACGGGCAGAACGAGAAGCCGGAGAUCCCGCUGCACACUUUGCACCAAUUUAUGGUCAAUGUGACGUGGGAUGGCAAAGACUUGUCCUUCACUGAGGAAGGCUACCAGGUCCACCCGAGGCUGGUGGUGAUUGUGCUGAAUAAGGACCGGGAAUGGGAAAAGGUGGGCAAGUGGGAGAACCAGUCUCUGAACCUGAGGCAUGCUGUGUGGCCGAGGUACAGGUCUUUCUCAGACUGCGAGCCAGAUGACAACCACCUGAGCAUUGUCACCCUGGAGGAGGCGCCCUUUGUCAUCGUGGAAGACAUUGACCCACUGACCGAGACGUGUGUACGGAACACGGUGCCAUGCCGGAAGUUCGUCAAAAUUAACAAUUCAACCAAUGAGGGGAUGAAUGUUAAAAAAUGCUGCAAGGGAUUUUGUAUCGACAUCCUGAAGAAACUCUCCAGGACAGUGAAGUUCACCUAUGACCUCUACCUGGUGACCAAUGGGAAGCACGGCAAAAAAGUUAACAAUGUGUGGAAUGGAAUGAUUGGAGAAGUGGUCUAUCACCGGGCAGUCAUGGCGGUUGGUUCACUCACCAUCAAUGAGGAACGGUCUGAAGUGGUGGACUUCUCUGUACCUUUCGUGGAGACGGGCAUCAGCGUCAUGGUUUCAAGAAGCAAUGGCACCGUCUCACCUUCUGCUUUUCUAGAGCCAUUCAGCGCCUCCGUCUGGGUGAUGAUGUUUGUCAUGCUGCUCAUUGUCUCUGCCAUUGCCGUGUUUGUCUUCGAAUACUUCAGCCCUGUUGGAUACAACAGAAACCUCGCCAAAGGGAAAGCACCCCAUGGGCCUUCUUUUACAAUCGGAAAAGCUAUCUGGCUCCUUUGGGGGCUGGUGUUUAACAACUCCGUGCCUGUCCAAAACCCUAAAGGAACCACCAGCAAAAUCAUGGUGUCUGUCUGGGCCUUCUUUGCUGUUAUUUUCCUGGCCAGUUACACGGCCAACCUGGCUGCUUUCAUGAUCCAGGAGGAAUUUGUGGACCAAGUGACUGGCCUCAGUGACAAGAAGUUUCAGAGACCGCAUGACUAUUCCCCACCUUUUCGAUUUGGCACGGUGCCUAAUGGGAGUACGGAGAGAAACAUUCGGAAUAACUAUCCCUACAUGCAUCAGUACAUGACCAAAUUCAAUCAGAAAGGUGUAGAGGAUGCCUUGGUCAGCUUAAAAUCAGGGAAGCUGGACGCUUUCAUCUACGAUGCGGCCGUCUUGAAUUACAAGGCUGGGAGGGAUGAAGGCUGCAAGCUGGUGACCAUCGGGAGUGGGUACAUCUUUGCCACCACUGGUUAUGGAAUUGCCCUCCAGAAGGGCUCCCCUUGGAAGAGGCAGAUUGACCUGGCCCUGCUGCAGUUUGUGGGUGAUGGUGAGAUGGAGGAGCUGGAGACGCUCUGGCUGACGGGGAUCUGCCACAACGAGAAGAACGAGGUGAUGAGCAGCCAGCUGGACAUCGACAACAUGGCGGGCGUCUUCUACAUGCUGGCGGCCGCCAUGGCGCUCAGUCUCAUCACCUUCAUCUGGGAGCAUCUCUUCUACCGAAAGCUACGUUUCUGCUUCACCGGCGUGUGUUCCGACCGGCCGGGGUUGCUCUUCUCCAUAAGCAGGGGCAUUUACAGCUGCAUUCACGGGGUGCACAUUGAAGAAAAGAAGAAGUCGCCGGAUUUCAACCUGACCGGCUCCCAGAGCAACAUGUUAAAACUCCUCCGAUCAGCCAAAAACAUUUCUAACAUGCCCAACCUGAACUCCUCAAGAAUGGAUUCACCCAAGAGAGCCACUGACUUCAUCCAAAGAGGAUCCCUCAUCAUGGACAUGGUUUCGGAUAAGGGCAAUUUGAUCUAUUCAGACAACAGGUCCUUCCAGGGGAAAGACAGCAUUUUUGGAGACAAUAUGAAUGAACUCCAAACAUUUGUGGCCAGCAGGCAUAAGGAUAACCUUAACAACUAUGUGUUUCAGGGCCAGCAUCCUUUAACCCUCAACGAGUCCAACCCCAACACGGUGGAGGUGGCCGUGAGCACGGAAUCCAAAGGGAACUCAAGACCCCGGCAGCUUUGGAAGAAAUCCAUGGAGUCUCUACGCCAAGACUCCCUCACCCAGAACCCUGCCUCCCAGAGGGAGGAGGGCACAGUAGAGAAUAGGACCCACUCCCUAAAGAGCCCCCGCUACAUUCCAGAAGAGGUGGCCCAUUCAGACAUUUCAGAAACUUCGAGUCGGGCCACAUACCACAGGGAACCUGACAACAAUAAAAACCACAAGACCAAGGACAACUGCAAAAGGUCAACGGCUUCCAAACACUCCAAGGGCUGCAGUGAGGCAGACCGUAGCUACGUGAAAACCAAAGCCAGCUCCCCCAGGGACAAGAUCUACACCAUUGAUGCAGAGAAGGAGCCCAGUUUCCACUUAGACCCUCCCCAGUUCAUUGAAAAUGUGGCCCUCUCCAAAAACAUGGACUUCCCAGACCCCUAUCAAGACCACAAUGAGAACUUCCGCAAGGGGAAUGCCACACUGCCCAUGAACAGGAAUCCCCACCACAACGAGGAUGGGGCUCCCAACAAUGACCAGUACAAACUCUACUCCAAGCAUUUCACCUUGAAAGACAAGAGCUCCCCUUGCAGCGAGGGGAGCGACCGGUACCGGCAGAGCUCCACACACUGCCGGAGCUGUCUCUCCAACAUGCCCACCUACUCCGGUCACUUCACCACGAGGUCGCCAUUCAAGUGUGACGCCUGCCUGCGGAUGGGGAACCUGUAUGACAUCGAUGAAGACCAGAUGCUCCCGGAGACAGGUAACCCAGCCACCCAGGACGAGGUCUACCAGCAGGACUGGGCACAGAACAAUGCCCUGCAGUUCCAAAAGAGCAAGCUAAGGAUUAGCCGCCAGCAGUCCUACGAUAACAUCCUGGAUAAACCCAGGGAGCUAGAUCUCAGCAGGCCCUCCCGGAGCAUAAGCCUCAAGGACCGGGAACAGUUCCUGGAAGGAAACUUGUACGGGAGCCUGUUUAGUGUCCCAUCCAGCAAACUCUUGGGUAACAAAAGUUCCCUUUUCCCCCAGGCCCUGGAGGACAGCAAGAGGAGCAAGUCUCUCUUGCCAGACCACUCCUCCGACAAUCCUUUCCUCCACACCCACGGGGAUGGCCAGCGCCUAGUCAUUGGCAGAUGUCCCUCCGACCCUUACAAACACUCGCUGCCCUCCCAGGCAGCAAACGACAGCUACCUUCGUUCGUCCUUGAGGUCAACGGCUUCCUACUGUUCUAGGGAUAGCCGCGGCCACAGUGACGUGUAUAUUCCAGAGCAUGUUUUGCCUUAUGCUGCAAACAAGAAUAAUAUGUACUCUACCCCCAGGGUUUUAAAUUCCUGCAGCAAUAGACGCGUGUACAAGAAAAUGCCUAGUAUCGAAUCUGAUGUUUAAAAAAUCUUCCAUUGAUGUUUUAUCUAUAGGGAAACAUACACAGUUGCCAACAUUCUGGAGGGCAAAAAGUUGGAUGUCCAAUAGUGCCCUGAGAAGAAGAAGAGGAUUAUGGGAGGGUUUUUUGUUUUUCGUGGUUUUUUUAAAUUCUUCUUCUUUCUGUUGGCUUUUUGCAUAUGGCUCCAUGCCAUAGUCUUCCACUCAAAGAAUCUUGUGAGUGUAUGCUGAGCAUGUCAGAGACAAGAUAGGCAAGUCCUCAACCAAAAAUAA